GGCGCUGUUUUUUUAGUAGUGGGGUUAUUCUUUUCCGCAUUUGCAUUCAUUAUUAUUCUGUUAGUAUCAGAAACACCGCAAGUCGAUAUCUAACAUCCAGUAUUAAAAUAACCCUUUUUCUUGCUGUGUCAGUUUGUGGUUUUUUCUGUUUUUUUGUGUGUCAUUUUUCAUUUUGUGUGUCAUUUUGUUUAUUUUUGUCAUUUCUUUUCAUUUUUUUCAUUCUCUGUGAUAUCUGUGUCUUUUUCAUUUUAUUUUAUUCUUUACAGAUAUUCAAAUUUUCUAAAAUAAAAAUUAAAAAUGUCUGUUAAGAGUGAAUCUUCUUCAUCCGACACUGUUGAGGUUAACAGUGUAGGAUCAGUUGAAAACCAAUCUGGUCCGUUUACUGAUGAACAGAUGCAAAUGGAGAUUAAAUGCAAGACAACCGAUGGAGGGAUUGUUAAUGUUAGUGUUUCGCAUCUUCUUCAAAGCAGCGUUUUUAAGGACAUGUAUAAGGAUACCGACUGGAAGCCAGAGGAUGAGUUUCCAGUUAAUACAGAGGAAAAGGUUUUCUCCAAGAUAAGCCUGAUCCUAAAAUUGAAACUGAUCCAGCUACACGACAGCGCAAACCUAUUGCUUUUUCAGAAUAUGAGAACGACUUCUUUAAGAACGUCGGUGUUGAGGAGAUUAGUAAUUAUAUUAAGGCUGCCAACUAUUUGGACAUUAAAUCGCUGUAUUAUUCUGGUUGCCAGGCUAUGGCUGCUGUUAUUGGAAGUAAGACACCAGAAGAGCUUCGAGAACUUUUUUGUCUUGAGGACGACUUGA